AUGGUCUCCCUCGAGCAGAUCAGGGCCUCAAACGCCCGCAUUCCGGAGUGUCUCCCGGCGGGGAUGGUGGUCGUCUUUGCCGGCGGCACCAGCGGCAUCGGCGAGACCACCAUGCGCCAGUUUGCCAAGCACGCCGUCCAGCCCAGGAUCUACUUCGUCGGCCGCUCCGAGAAGGCCGCCGCCCGCCUCACGGCCGAGCUGACCACGCUCAACCCGGCGGGGAAGUACCGCUUCAUCAAGGCCGACCUUUCCCUCCUGCAGAACGUCGACGAUGUGUGUCGCGAGAUCAAGACCGAGGAAAGCCGUAUCAACCUGCUGUUCCUCACUACGGGCACGCUGAUCACAGGCAGAGACACAGCCGAAGGACUCUACUACCCGACCGCAGUAACCUACUACGCCCGAAUCCGGUUCAUCGUCAACCUUCUCCCGCUGCUCCAAAAAGCGACCGGGCUGCGACGCGUCGUGACCGUCUUCGGCGGCACCAAGGAGGGCACGCUGUACGCGGGCGACCUGCAAGGACGGUCGUUGGCGGGGGCCGGGGGCGGCGGCGCGGCGGGGGCGGCGCUGCGGGCGCACACGAGCUCCAUGAUGACGCUCGCGCUCGAGUCGCUCGCCUUCGAGGCGCCCGACGUCGCCUUCGUGCACUCCUUCCCGGGCAUCGUGCGCACCAACCUCGGCCGCGACCUGCGCGGCUCCGCCGGCGGCGGCGCCGGCCUCGUCCGCUCCGCCCUGCGCGCCGUCGUCGGCCCCAUGAUCUCCGUGCCCCUCGCCGAGGCCGGCGAGAGGCAGCUCUUCCUCGCCACCAGCGCGCGCUUCCCCGCCCGGUGCGGAGUCGACGUCGCCGCCACUGCUGGCGUGCCCCGGGCGCCCGGGGUCGGCGUUGCGAGGGGCAGCGAUGCGCGCGACGGGAGCGGGGUGUACUCGGUGAGCUUUGACGGCGAGCCGCAGGAGGAGAAGGUGGAGGAGGCGGUGCAGAAGUUGAGGGACGGCGAUCUGGUCCGGAGGUUGUGGCUGCACACGGUCGGGGAGUUUCUCCGGGUGACGGGGUCUGAGUUUGUGUGA